CCUAAGCUUCAAGUUCAUUGCGUCAAUUCAUAUGUUUCCCACCAACUUGCGCACUCGCGAAACCGAAAUGCACCCGCGGUCCCUUAGCGGCAAGCGUGCGUAGUAUACAUUUGCUUUUUCACCUCACCUUGCCAGGCUUGUUACACUAUGCAAGCCCUUGAUGCCGGUCCGCAGGCGGGGCGCCAGCGUCGGCCCGGCGUCAGCGGCGGAGCCUUCCCUGUAGCGGCGGCCGUUGGCGCCGCCGGCGCAGUGGCGGCGGCGGCGGCUACGGCUACAGCCCUGGUGAUUCGAUGGCGGCAGCGGCGCUGGAGGCAGAGCGCGCAGCGGCGGCCCCCGGCACUGCGGCGGCCACAGGACGGCUUCCAAGUGGUGUACGCCGACACCUCGGACCGCCCCUUCCCACACCUGCCGCCACAGCCCUCCGACAGCAGCCAUGCCGCCACCUCCCCCAGCCCCUCCCGCACCUCCUUCUCAGACGCCACACCCACCUCGGCCGCCGGCGCCGGUGCCGUCAACCACCACAACCACCAACCACCGCCGCUUCCGCCGCCGCUUCUUCCGCCGCCGCCGCCGCCGCUGCCGGGUCAUGGCGGCCGUGUGGGUCCGCUGGGUCAGCAGCACGUGGAGCCGGCCCUGAGCCACAUGCUGGAGCGCAGGUCCAGGGAGUGGGCGGCGGCGGCGGGAGGAGCGGGAGGAGCGGGAGGAGCAGCCGGACAGCAGCCGGCGGGUGCCGCGAGGGAGGCGGGCGCCGGUGCUGUGCUGGGGCCGCCAUCAGGGGCAGCGGUGGCCGGAGGGGCAGCCGCAGCAGCAGCAGCAGCAGCAGGGGUGCCGCCAGCAACAGUGUCGGGUCUGGGCGCUGGCGGCGGCGGCAGCGGGCAGGUCCAUCCCUACCUGCCGCGCAUCCAGCGCCUCAUGGCCGCACUGGCUUGCCCCGUGCUGCGGCACCCGCCGCCGCCGCCCGCGCUGCUGCCGCCGCCGCAACUGGCGGUGGCGCCGCAGCUGCCCGCCAUUGCCGCGACCGCCACCGGCGCCGCCGCGACCAAGGCAGCAGCAGGAGCUCUGCCGGCAUCAGCAUCAGCAACAGCGCAAACAUCGAAUUCUCGCACGCCAGUGGACCGACUGGCCGGAGGGGGCAGUUGGGGCACGGGCGGCGCCGUGGGCGGUGGCGGCGGUGUCGCGGCGGCGGGCGCGGUUGUGCCCUCGGCACCUGCGGCGCCUGUGGUGCACUGGGUGUGUGCGCCGGAGCAGCUGUAUGAGCUGGGGGUGCGGCUGCGGCGGGAGCGGCAGAUCGGACUGGACACGGAGGCGCACGCGCUGCACUCCUACCACGGCAUGGUGUGCCUGCUACAGCUGUCCGCGCCGCUGCGGCAGCAGCAGCAGCAGCAGCAGCAGCAGCAGCAGCAGCAGCAGGCGGCUGUAGCAGUUACACCGACUGCCGCGGCAAGGGCGUCGCACGCGCUUCCGCCGCCGCCGGCGCCGUCGGGAGCAGGCAGUAACGCCACUGCUGCUGCCAGUGCUACCGCCGGCCGGUUCGGGGCGGUGGCGGGCUCGCCGGCUGCUGCGGCUGCAGCAGCGGCGGCUGUGCUGCUACAGCCGGCGGCUUCCACGGCCCACCCGAAGGUUGCGGCUACUGCCGGCACCACCGGCCACGGCCACGGCAACGGCGCCGCCACCACCUCCGCACGCACCAGUCUCGACCUUGCCAACUCCAUCCUCGCCGCCGCCUGCGCCCCCUCCGCGGCCACUGCUACAGCCUCCGGCGGCGCCCCUGCUGCUGCUGCUGCUACAGCCGGCGGCGGCUGUAGCGAGGUGUGGCUGGUGGACUGCCUGGCGCUGCACGACCACGUGGGGCCGGCGCUGGGGCCGCUCAUGGCAGACCCGCGGGUGGUCAAGGUGCUGCACGGCGGCGGCAACGACGUGACGUGGCUUCAGCGCGACUUCCGGCUGUAUCUGGUGAACGUGUUUGACACGGAGAAGGCGGCGGCGGUGCUGGCGUACGACAGCCGGGCGCUGGCGGCGCUGCUCAAGCGGCACGUGGGGCUGGACAUGGCCGCAGACAAGGCCGCGGGCCAGCGGGCCGACUGGCGCCGCCGCCCGCUGCCGCCGCCACUGGCCCGGUACGCCGCCGCCGACGUGGCCUACCUGCCGUACCUGGCUGACGUCAUGCGCCGCGAGCUGGCGGCGGCUGGGGUGGCAGCGGCGGCGGCGCCUCCAGGCAGCUUGACUAGUUUCGUUGGCGGCGGCGGUUACCAGGGCGGCGAGGGUAAGGGCGACCGUGGCGGAGAGUUCGAGUUGGCGCCGCUUGUGGCCACGGAGCCAGUGGCGGCGGCGGCGGUUGGGCUGCAUGGUGGCGGCGGCGGCGCCGCUGCCGCCGGGCGGCCGGUGCCGACGCCGCUGGGGCACGCACUGCUUCGCAGCCACCAGGUCAGCCUCACGCUGUACCGCAAGCCACUGUCGGACGCCGCCGCCGCGGCAGCGGUGGCGGCGGCCGCUACUGCUGCUGCAGCUGCUUCGGCGGCGGCGGGCGCUCCUGGCAGCAAUGGCGACAGCGAGGAGGUGCAGGCGGAGCACGGUGGCGGCAGCGGCGGCGGUGCCGCCACCGCCACCGGCACGGCUUCAACCGCCGCCGCCGCCAUCCUCCGGAAAUACUUCCUGUCAGCAGCCGACGACGGCGCGGCGGCAGGCGGCAACAGCGCGGGGGGCGGCGGGACGAAGGCAGCAAAGAAGAAGGCGGGCGGCGCGGCGGCGGCGGCGGCGGCCGCUGCGGCCGACGGCGUCUACGCGCUGUGUCGCUGGCGAGACCUGACGGCGCGGCGGCUGGAUGAGAGCCCGGCGGCGGUUAUGCCGGAUGCGGCGGUGGCGGCGGCGGCGGCGGCGCGGCCCCCGCCCGCCAGCGGCCGCCAGCUGGUCCGGUUAGUGGAGGAGCACGUGGCGGCGGCCAAUGAGGCGUUACAAAACGAGCCGUACGCGUGCCGACUUGAGGUCAGUGACGCCGUACGCGCCGCCGCCGGCUCGCUGUGUCAGACGCUGGCGGCGGCGGCGGCGGGCCGUCUGCCGUGGGCGGGGCUGGCGGCUGGCGGCGCCGCCGGCGGUGUGGGCUCGGGCUCGGGCAAGCGCGCUGCGGCGGCCACGGCUGAGGCGGCGGCGGAGCGGCGCACUUGGCUAAUUGAGAAGUUCAGUGCCAAGACACAGGUGUACCAGAACUGCCGCAUGCUGUCGCGCGAGGGUGGACUGCUGUGCUACUGCGACACACGCAAGCUGGAGUGGUACCUGGGCAAGGGGUUGGCGGUGCAGGUGUGUGAGGAGCCGCCCACCAUCCAGCUGCUGUUCGAGCACCAGAACACAGACCAGCAACUAGGCGCCGACGACUUCUACACCCAGUCCAAGGCCAACCGCUGUGUGGGCUGCGGCUGCGCCUCCCACUACCUGCGCUACCGGGUGCUGCCCGCCGCCUACCGGCGCGCCAUGCCGCCGGCGCUCAAGAGCCACCGCAGCCACGACGUGGUGCUGCUGUGCAUAGACUGCCACGAGGCGGCGCAGAGGGCGGCUGAGCGGCUGAAGCGGCAGAUCGCGGCUGACUACGGAGUGCCGCUGCUGCCGCCCCGCACACCCCUGCCGCCAUCCUCAGCAGCAGCCACUACUGGCGGUGCCGGUGCCAGCCGCCAUGGCGGCAUAGCCGCCGCCGUAGAUGCUGCUAGUGCUGCAGGCGCCGCUGGUGCCGCCGCUGCAGGCGGCAAUGCAGGCACAGACGCCGCGGCGGCGGCAGAUGCCGAGGCCGCGCGCGCUGGCGGCGGCGGCGCCGCGGCAGACGACGUCGACGACGAUGGUGACGGGUCCGGGGCGGGUGGCGCCAGUGGUGAUCCCGAGGGCGAGGGCGAGGGCGAGGGCGGCCUGCCGGGCGGCAUCCACCCCUCGGCGGCGCGGCGGGCGGCUCUGGCGCUGCAGAAGAACGGCGCAAGCAUGCCGCCGGCCCGUGUCAGGCAGCUGGAGGACACCAUCAAACUGGCUCUGGGUCGCGACCCCACCGCCCCCGGGGAGGCGCCGGGGCUGCGGCCGGGGGACCUACAGGCGGCGCUGCUGGGAGGCCUGGGCCGCCGCGCCCGCAAGCGCUACCUCAAGCAGCAGCAGCAGCCCUCUUCAGGCACCGACCCGGCGGGAGCCGCGGACGGCGGCGCAGCCGCCGCUGCUACAGCCACUGCCGGAAACCCUGCAGCUGCAGCCGCCGCCGGCAGUAGCAGCGCCACGGGCGCCGGCAGUAGCAGCACGCCUGCGGACCGGUGGCUGGACAGCGGGCACAUGUGGCACGGGGAGCGGGUGGUGCGGCUGGCCAUGGCGCGGGGCGGCGAGGAGGAACUGCUGGGGCUCAUCAAGAGGUUCCGGGCCUGCUUCGUGGAGGCGGUGCGGCCGCAGUACCUGCCGCCGGCCUGGGGGGUGGACCACGCCGCACGCCGCGACUUCGGACCCUUCUCCGUUUACGCAGCGGAGCGGAGGGAACGGGAAAAGCAGGAGGCGGCGAGGGGGCAGGCGCAGGGUGCAGCAUUGGAGGACGAGCACAUGGAGUAGUUGGAGUAGUAGGGCGCCUGAAGCUGAAGGGAUACGGACCGAGGGCGCGCGCCUGCGGCUGGCUGACGUGAGGAUACCGCGUUUUCGAGUUAAGGCGAUUAGAAUAUUUGGUUCUUGUUUAUGCAGGAUGUUGUUCCAACCCGCGAGGGCGCUGCUGUCGGAUGAAUAGGGAGAACUGGAUCCUUCCAGAACCGCGACUCGCGUUGUGCAGCUUCAGCCGGGCCGCGGCAUAUAA